AGAGAUAGAGAGAGAGUGGGGGCAAAGCUGCAGCGUUUGGUCCCUGCAAUACUCAGCAAACCCUCCUUUUUUAAAGUGUCUCCGGUCUUCUUCUUGUCCCCCUUCCCCCCUUUUCCGCCCCUUUUUAUUUUUUAUUUUUUCUCUCUUUCCCUUUUGCUUUUCCUUUUCCGGCGUCUCUCGCCGGAAAACGCCCCCACCGCCACAUUCUGUUACUUACUUUCUACUGAUAAAACAUUUGUCUAAUUUGUUUUUGAUCUGCUUUUCCAUGAAUCUCCGGUGCUAGGAUUUUCCGGUCAUUUUUUUAUAUAACUACGGUGAUCCCAAUUUCAGUCACCAAUGAAGGCGCCGGCGAACGCUUCUGGAUCCACUUUAACGAUGGAGAAUCCAGGCGAAGGUGGAGAGAAGAAGAGCAUAAUUAAUCCGGAGCUAUGGCAAACGUGCGCCGGACCUCUGGUCAACUUACCGGCGGCAGGGACUCACGUCGUCUAUUUUCCUCAAGGCCACAGCGAACAGGUUGCAGCAUCUAUGAAGAAGGACGUCGAUGCUCAAAUUCCAAAUUAUCCCAAUCUCCAGUCGAAGCUGUUAUGCAUCCUUCACGGUGUCACGUUGCAUGCCGAUCCCGAAACAGAUGAAGUAUAUGCUCAGAUGACCCUCCAGCCUGUUCCUUCGUUCGACAAGGAAGCGUUAUUGAGGUCAGAUCUAUCGAUGAAAAUAAAUAAGCCCCAAACACAGUUUUUUUGCAAAACUUUAACAGCAAGUGAUACGAGCACUCAUGGGGGAUUUUCUGUACCUCGCCGAGCAGCUGAGAAAAUCUUCCCUCCACUCGAUUUUUCAAUGCAACCACCUGCACAAGAACUUGUAGCAAGGGAUUUACAUGAUACCGUAUGGACGUUUCGCCAUAUUUAUCGUGGGCAACCAAAACGUCACUUGCUCACAACGGGUUGGAGCCUAUUUGUUAGUGGAAAGAGGCUUUUUGCCGGAGACUCGGUCUUGUUUAUUAGGGAUGAAAAGCAGCAGCUGCUAUUGGGUAUUAGACGAGCAAAUCGACAGCCGACCAAUCUGUCGUCAUCUGUUUUGUCAAGUGAUAGUAUGCAUAUCGGAAUCUUGGCUGCCGCCGCCCAUGCAGCCGCAAACAAUAGCCCUUUCACUGUGUUUUAUAAUCCAAGGGCUAGUCCUUCGGAAUUUGUUAUUCCAUUGGCCAAGUACUACAAAGCCGUGUGCAGUAACCAGAUAUCACUUGGCAUGCGCUUCCGGAUGAUGUUUGAGACAGAAGAGUCAGGAACAAGAAGGUAUAUGGGUACAAUUACAGGUAUCAGCGAUCUUGAUGCUGUUAGAUGGAAGAACUCACAAUGGCGCAACCUACAGGUUGGGUGGGAUGAGUCAACUGCCGGUGAAAGGCGUACCCGUGUUUCAAUUUGGGAGAUCGAACCUGUUACAGCUCCAUUUUUCAUCUGCCCUACACCUCCUUUUUACCGACCAAAGCGUCCAAGACAACCAGGAAUGCCAGAUGAUGAAUCUGCCGACCUGGACAAUUUCUUCAAGAGAACCAUGCCUUGGCUCGGUGAAGAUAUGUCCACAAAAGAUCCUGGCCUAAGCUUAGUCCAGUGGAUGAACAUGCAGCAAAGCUCGAUACAACCUAACUACUUGAAUCCUUUAUCCGGAUCUGUUUUGCAAAACUAUGGAGGCCAAGAUCUUUCGCGGCAAUUGGGCUUAUCAGCACCACAAAUGCUUAAUCAGAACACCAUACAGUUCAAUAGUCAAAGGUCAGCAAUGCAGCUUGAUCAGUUACAAAAACUACCCCAAGCUGCCCCAAUGGUGCAGCCUCAGCAACAGUUGGCUGAUCCAAAUCAGCAACUGAUGAGACAAAAUGUGAUCAAUCAAACACUGCCUCAGAACCAAAAUCAGCCCCAAAUUCACCCUCAAAAUGUACUUCAGCAGCAGUCAUCGAUACAGAACCAUCAUCUCUACAGAAACUUUCAGCAGCAGCAGCAGACAGUGGCAGUGAGUCAAAGUCAACAGAACAACUUGUUGCCACCCCAGUUUCCUGAUCAACAAGUUAGUCAACAGUUACAGAUGCCCGAUAAUCAAAUUCCUCUUCAACUUCUACAGAAGCUUCAUCAGCAGCAGCAAUCACUUUUGGCUCAGCAACCACCGCAACAGCGUUCUCAGCUUGUACAACCACCACAAGAUCAGCAAAAACCAUUGAUGGAUGCAUCUCAAAGCUUUUCAAGAUCAGUCUCAACCAGCCAAACGAUGGAUACCGCACCUCAGCAGAUGUCAAGAAACAAUAGCCAAGCGAAUCUUCGGUUUUCCCAUCUUCCUCAACAAUCAAAUCUUCAUUCAAACCAACAGUUUUCAGGGCAGAUGGCUGGAUCCACCCCUACACAAACCCAUCAGCUUUCGACAAAUGGUAGCAGUUUAAUGACAGGAACUGCAGGUGGAGGAGGAGGAGGUCAAUCUGGGAUCACGGAUGAUGUCCCAUCGUGUUCCACCUCACCUUCAACAAAUAACUGCCCAACCAUGGUUCCAUCGAUGAUUAAUGGUAGAUCCUACAUGAGCACAACUAUGGGUGGCGAAGAGAUGACACAGGCUUCUGCUCAUCUAAUGAAUACUGGUGUAGCCACAGUAUCAGCAAACGUGCACAACUUUGGUAAAAGUUGUCAACAGAAUGCACCGUCGGUCAACAUCGCAAAGAGCCAUAACCAAGGAUUGCUGUCCCCACUUACAUACUUGCACAAUAUUGCCGGAACCCAGAUGGAUUUCUUGGACAGUUCAUCUUCAGCGACAUCGGUUUGUGUUCCUCAGAAUGAUCUUCAUUUGCAACAUCAGAACUCGAAUCAGUUGUCUUCCAAUUCACAACCGAUAGUGCCACCAAGAGAUGCAAUUCAAGAUGGCGAAGUUCAAAAUGAUCCAAGAACAGACAUUCCAUUUGGGGUGAACAUGGACAACCAUUUGGGAAUGCCAUCAAUGAUUCUCGAUCCUCUGACUACAAAAGGGAUGGUGGGAUCUAGUAAGGAUUUCCAAAACAAUCUCAGCCCAGGUGGCAUGAUUUUAAGUUAUGAAAACCCGACUAAAGACACUCAACCGGAACUCUCUUCAUCCAUGGUUUCUCAGCCGUUUGGAGUUCCAGAUAUGGCUUUCAACCCCAUUGACUCCACGUUAAACGACAACAGCUUGUUGAACAGCGGUGUUUGGGCUCCACCACCACCACAACAGUUUCAGCGAAUGCGUACAUAUACCAAGGUGUACAAGCGUGGAGCAGUUGGAAGAUCGAUUGAUAUUUCAGGUUAUUCAGGGUACGAGGAUCUUAAACAAGAUCUGGCUCGAAGAUUUGGUAUAGAAGGUGAACUAGAAGAUGGGCAAAGAGUUGGGUGGAAACUUGUGUAUGUGGAUCAUGAGAAUGAUGUUCUUUUGGUAGGGGAUGACCCUUGGGAGGAGUUUGUGAGUUGUGUUCGGUGCAUAAAAAUCUUGUCACCUCAAGAAGUGCAACAGAUGAGCUUGGAUGGAGAUUUCGGUGGGAACAGUGGCGUGCUUCCGAAUCAAGCAUGCAGCAGCUCGGAUGGUGGAAACAUUUGAAAACGAGAAUCGUUUUAACUAUUAGGGUAGCUAGUAAGUUGUUGGAAUCUAACCAAGCAUAGUCAAGUAUGGAUGCUGUAGAAGCAUGCAUGAAAAGGGUGGAAGGAAAGAUGACAUCUAAAUCUUAAUUUGGUGAUAGUUACAAGAUAAGGUUGUGUUGAUUAGUAGGUAGGAAUAGCAUUGAGAGUGUAUAGAGGUGUAAACUUGUUCAAAGCCCAGUUAAAUAUGACACAAGUGCUCAGUGCUUCAUUCUCCAUCCCUGUUUUUGGAUCAUCA